AUGUCUCAGGAGCGCGUUGUGCCGGCGAGUGCGGUUCCCCUGGAAGAAUUAAGUAGCUGGCCAGAGGAGCUAUGCCGUCGGGAACUGCCGUCCGUUCUGCCCCGGCUCCUUUCUUUGUAUCAGCAUUCUGACAGUUGGAUUGAGCAUAUUCAAAUUUUGAAGAUUAUUGUAGAAAUGUUUUUACCUCAUAUGAACUACUUGACAUUGGAACAGACUUUCUUUUCACAAGCAUUACCAAAGACUGUGAAAUUAUUUGAUGACAUGAUGUAUGAAUUAACCAGUCAAGCCAGGGGACUUUCAAGCCAAAAUUUAGAAAUCCAGACCACUCUAAGGAAUAUUUUACAAACAAUGGUGCAGCUCUUAGGAGCUCUUACAGGAUGCGUUCAGCAUGUCUGUGCCACACAGGAAUCUAUCAUUCUAGAAACUAUUCAUAGUCUCCCCUCCUCAGUCCUUCAUAUAAUCAAAAGUACAUUUGUACAUUGUAAGAAUAGUGAAUCUGUGUAUUCUGGGCGUUUACACCUAGUUUCAGACCUUCUCCAGGCUCUUUUCAAGGAGGCCUACUCUCUUCAAAAGCAGCUAAUGGAACUACUGGACAUGGUUUGCACGGACCCUUUAGUAGAUGAGAAUGAUGGUAUUUUGAAUAUGGUAAUGGUUAUUCAUUCAUUAUUGGAUAUUUGCUCUGUUAUUUCCAGUAUGGACCAUGCAUUUCAUGCCAAUACUUGGAAGUUUAUAAUUAACAAGUUUCCUCCAAGCCUAUAUGCCACCAGGAUUUCUGAAGCACAACAGGAGGAAAUAGCAGGUACUUUCCUAGUGACACUGGAUCCACUCAUCAGUCAGCUGCUCACAUUCCACCCCUUCGUGCAGGUGGUUUUGGACGGUACAUUAGGGUGUCUCUACUCAAAGCCCUUUUCAACAGUUUUGAGCAGUGUUCUGGUGAACUCUCUCUACCUGUUCAUUUACAGGGAGUAA